AUGGCGAAUCCACGGACUUCCCAUAAUUUCCCAACUCCUGCCAAGGAUUCCACGGAGCCUUUCUGGCAUUCUGAAAAGCAUUAUCUUCGUGAUUAUAGGAGUACUGAUAUUCUACCAGUCAGUGAAAUCAUCGAUGUCGUUAUUAUUGGAGCAGGCUAUGCCGGAGUAGCCACGGCAUACAAUCUUGUCAAGAAUGAGAUCACGCCCAAUUGCCCCAAGCUAUCUGUCAUGAUUCUUGAUGCAAGAUCUGUCUGUUCUGGUGCUACUGGAAGAAAUGGUGGACAUCUCCGACCAGAUCUUUACGGUCACAUCCCUAAGUAUAUCAAGAGAGGAGGUGUUAGGGCCGGUGCUGAGAUUGCAGAGUUUGAGAUUGCACAUGUUAAAGCGUUGAAAGAGCUCAUCUUACACGAGAAAAUCGACUGCGAUUUCGCCUUGACAAGAACAUGUGAUGUAUGGAACAAUCCAAAUGCUGCUGAUGAUGCUAAGGCUGUCUACGAUCGGUUGCGCCUGAACUCAGAAUUAUCGUACAUGAAGGAUGUUCACUUUACCAUUGGUAAAGAUGCCGAGACUAUCUCUGGUGUUAAAGGUGCCAAAGCAUGUUCGACUUAUACUGCUGCCACUUUAUCUCCAUACAAGCUUAUUAACUCUCUCCUUGCUUCCACCUUAGCUACCGGUUCUGUCAACCUUCAAACCAACACUCCUGUCAUAUCAAUCAAACAAUCAGCUGAUGGGUAUCACUUGGUCGAAACUCCUCGCGGAAUUCUUCGAGCCCAGAAGGUCGUGCACGCAAAUAAUGCCUAUGUUUCUAGUCUUCUUCCCGAAUAUGCCAAGAACAUUAUUCCUUGCAAAGGUAUAUGCUGCCAUAUUACAGUUCCCAAAGAUGCUACAGUACCUCCUAUUAGUUACUCCUAUAUUGUCCGUACUGAGGACGGUACUCUGGAUUACCUUAUUCCUAGACCUGAUGGGAGUAUCAUUGUGGGUGGAGCUUCAGCAACAUUUCGUUCCCAUAAGGACCAAUGGUACAACAAUGUGGAUGAUAGCAAGUUAAUCGAAGCAACCAUGAAAGAGAGGUACUAUGAGGAUUUUAUGCAGCGAACCUUUCGUGGAUGGGAAAACUCGGAUGCUAAAAUUGAGAGUAUCUGGACUGGUGUAAUGGGAUACUCCUUCGAUUCAAACCCUCACAUCGGUCUCGUUCCACAAAAGUCCGACCAAUUCAUAAUCGCAGGAUUCAAUGGCCACGGUAUGCCUGUCAUUUGGCUUGCGGCAAAGGGAUUGGCAGAAAUAUUGAGAACGGGAAAGUCCUUUGAAGAAGUUCGUGUUCCUAUGCCUCUUCCUAGAUUGUUCAAGACAACACAAGACAGGAUUGAUAGAGCUCAAGAUGGUCCUGAAGGUGGUGAUAUUCUCAAUUGA